AUGGGGUUUAGAAAGAUUAAGAUAAACUACAUUGAAAAGAGCCUCACAAGACGAAUGAUUAUCUCCAAAUGUCGAGCAGGUAUAUUCAAUAAGGCCAAUGCACUUGCAAGGCUACACGAUGUCGAAGUGGCUGUCUUCAUCAACUCUCCUGCUGGAAGACAAUACCUGUUCAGAAGUCCUGGCUUCAACUCUUAUUCAAGAAAAUCAGGGCGAUCUUCGGCCUCGUUGAAGAAAGCUAGGAUUCUCAAACUUCAGGCCAAGCUUGUUGGUGUUAUGAAAAAAUUGGAAGCAGAGAAACAACGUGAGAAGGUUUUGAAGAAGAGGUUUGAGGAGACACUUCAGAAGAACAAUAUGAAAGAGAUUGAAAAUUCAUCAUUAGAAGAGUUAAUUGCCUUCAAAGAAAAGCUCGAAACUCUUCGAAAAACCGUGAACCAAAAACGUAUGGAAAUGGAGGCUUCAUUGGCCUAUUGA